CGAAAACGAUGCCAAACGCUUGUUUGCGGGGGCUUCGAGACCGCGCGUUUUCACUGUUUUUAAUUCCCCGUGAAUUCGCGUGUAAACAACACGUGCGACGAUCAAUUAUAAUAUUAUAUUCGCGUACUGUAAUUACAACAAUACAUAUUAUAACGACAACAAUACACGCGCAAAAUGUAUAUAUCUACUACGAUAAUGGUAAUUAUCGACUCUGCUCGUAUAUAUAUCAUUAUAAUAUCGCUGCGUACGCUUAAACACCGUAACCGUCCGAUUUCCGAAAUCUUCCAUAGGAGUAUGAUCGUGUGAACCCGCCCGCGUUACAGACUUCGGCGGCGGCCGCCAGUUGGCAAAACGGUCCCGAAGAGGCACCAUCGUCGUCGUCGUCCAUCGUCUUAUUAAAAAAACGACUUAAAGUAUAAAAUCACAUCGAAACGUACGGGAUUCGACACAUAAUAUUGUUAAUUAUAUUAUACACGACCAGCUAUAGUACAAUACCGAUCGGCGGUGUAAUACACUGACGCUGAAACGAAAUUCGCAGUCGGGAGAGGGAAGAAAAAAAACAACCGAUUUUGGACGGAAACUGCGUUUACGUCGGACUCUAUUGUUUGACGGUUCACUUGUUGCGACAAAAUGUUUUUUCGCCGAUUCACGCGACUACAACAAUAAUUAUACACACUCACCCACGCGGAUACUUAGAUUUCGGCAGUGGCGGAGGCGGAUCACACACCCCGACGACCGCAGCGACGGCGCCGCUCGUUAGCGGUAUCCCGGCACCGUCAGUCAUUAACCUUCUGUGCACUGUAGCCGUCGUAGUUCUCUGCGACCAUCAACGUACCACUCAACGCGUCACGACAUGUAUCACCCGCCGUGGUCGCCACUGCGUCUCGCCUGCUUGUAUCUGAUCGCCGGAGCAGAGGUCCUGCUGGCCGCCGACAACGUAGUCACUUCCACCCCGGUUCAGGAAGGUCCACAGGCACGAUGCUCGAACAAUUACACGAUGACUUGCGUCAAGAAGGACGUGCUCUUGUUUCUGGACGGUCUAGAUGCCGAACGGAGCUAUGAGAUUUAUCCGGGAUUCACAUUGUUCCAGAGGCGCAGUUCGUCGGCUGGUCUACUACCAACCAAUGAGUCGCUGGACGCGGCCAAUUCUACUCAGUUGGAUCACAUGAUCGCCAAACGGCUCAACGAUUACGUGGAAAGCAUCGAUCUGCGAGUCAGACUCCUCAAUCCGAUCAACGCGACGGCCCGAUCGGUUGGUAACAGCAUGUUCGAACGGAUACUGCCGUUUCUCAGAAUGAGUAGAAAAAAGAAAGACUAUCACGGCUUGUACUGGGCGGCGGGCACGAUGGCCGCUGUCGGGGCCAGCGCCCUGAUAGCGCUUUCCAGCAAGGCUCUGAUGACGGCAGGGGCGGCGUUGGCCUUAGCCAUCUACAGCUGCAUGAAGGGCGGUGGCGGCAAAAGCGGUGGCAGUCACCUAACUGCCACGCUGAUGGAGGAGAGCAGUGUGGUGCCGCACAGGCAGUGCGCCGAGGCGGUGGUGGACAUUUCGGGCAUGCACAACUAUCCGGCGGACGUGGAACGGUAUCCUGGAUCACGGAAAACAGUGGACAUCGUGUCACCCGCCAUGCCCGUCUACAGGAUUCACCAGGCGUCUGAGGACUAUUCAUCUUCGUAUGGUCCAUCUCAGUCCCAAGCUCAGUACCCUUAACGUCCUAGGACAACUAUGAUCAGUGGUGGUAAAGGCGGUAGUGGUGGCAUUUACGACUACAACAGCAGUGAUAACUAAAAAAGUUUCAAAAAUUAACGUUAAAUAAAUCAAUGCACUUACCCAACUAUAAAAUAUAAAUAUAAUUGAAAUGGAAAAAUUGUUUCGUUAUACGAAUUCUAUAAAUCGGUUAUACAACAUAGGACUGUCCCUCCGGUGAAAUCAGUAUCACAUUUUAAUUUAACGGCUCUUAAAUGCAAACUAUUUAAAGUUUUAAGUUGAAAUGUACAUUGAUAUUAAGAUUUUAAACUUAUUGGAUUUUAUUCAUAACAACUUCCACUUCUAAAAAAAACAAUGAAAAAUAUCAUUAAUUAUAUUUUUAUUUACACUAUUAUAUUAUUGACUAUUAAAUCUAUUAUUACUAUUUUACAAAUAAUAAUGAUUAUCUUAAAUAUAAUCUGAUUAGUUUCUAAUCAAUGUCCACUGUUCAAAAGUUAAUAAUUCGUACGAAUUUUCUUAUUCUUUACAUAUUCUGUAAAAAUUAAAAUGCCUUGCUCGAGUAUGUUGAACGUUAGUAUAACUUAAAGAAUUCAUUUUCGCUACAUAAUAAUGUUUAUAAACCACAAACACUAUACCUACCUACUAUUUAUUAUAAUAUUACCACAAACAUUUUUUUCUUGUUUAUAAAAUAUUUUAACGAAUCAUUAUUGUUCAUUGACAGAAAUAUAAUUCAGUGCGUUUUUUUGGUUAACAUAAAAUCUUUUUUGUUAGCGCCACUGCCGUCAGUCCAUCAAUUAUAAUCAUAAUGUUCUUUUAUUAUAUUUUUUUAUAUUUUCAAUAAUAAGAAUACAGAAUUAGUUUUGUAAAAUGUGUUUGAUGGUGACGUUUGUUGAUACACUCGCGCUGCGAUGUUGUGAUAUCUUAACUAAUAAGUAAUAAUAGUAUUAUCAUAAGUAUAUAUUUUAUUAAUUUGAAAUAUUUCAUAGUUUUAAUUUCUAAGUACCUGUUUAUAAUAAGAUAAUUAAAUCUGGUGUUAGUGUAAUAAUUGUAUUAUUAUUAUAACAAUAGUAUAGUAUGAUUGUAUUAUUCUACAUAUAAGGUGAUUGAUAGAUUUAUGACAGUUAAAAAUAUUUUAAUUUAAUAUUUUUUGUAGGCAAUAAAUUAUUUAUUUUAGAAAAAUUUUAUUUAUAUUUUUUACACGUGUUUGAUUUAAAAAUUAGGAUAUUAUUAUUAUUGAUUAUUUGUUCGAGAAGAUAAUGGUAUUAUUAAGUAUUAUUUUGAAUUGUAUGGUAACAGUAUACUUUAUUUAAUAAUUAAAUAUUAUUUUAUUUUAAUAUUAUCUUGAAUUUUUUUUUUUUUAAUUUUUUUUCAGCCAAUUGUAUUAAUAUACUUAAUGUAUUUACAAUGUUAUGUCUUCCGAUGUUACAUACAAAAACAGACCGUGGUUUUUAUGAUAUUUUAAUUUACACAUUAUGUAUCGGAUAUUUAAAUAAUGAUGCAUUUUAGUAUUAAGCUUUUUGAUUAAUGUCAUUAUAGUUUCCUAGAAAAGUAGAAAGAUAUAAUUAGGUUAACAUAAUGGAUAUAGCUUAGGUUUGAAUGUUUUUAAUUAUUAUUAUUUUUUUUUAAUGGAGAACUUCUUUUGAAUUUAAUUAUAAGUAUUUGUUACAAUUUUUGU